GCAAAAUGCUAUUGGCUGAAGCAAAUACAUGAGGAUCACGGGGCCCACCAUGCAACGUCCCUCUAUCCCUCUUUCUCUUCCUUAUCUCCUCCCUCACCCCUCCCCCCACCUCUCUCUGUCUCUCUCUCCCACCGUCAGCUCUCUUCCUCUCUCAAGGGCUGGCCGCACGGCGGGCCUACGCAGGGGCCUACCCCAGGGCGAGGUAGAGGCGCGGGCGCGCAGUGGCGGCGAGCGCGCGGCUACGGCGGUGGCGAGCAAGCGGAGCCGCGGGUCCACGUUCGACACAUGGGUCCACAUCCUCCGCCAGCUCCAGGACCUCGACGUCACCUGCACACUCCAGUUCGACCUCGUCAAGCUCGCCCACCCUCCAACCCCGCCGAGGCCAAGCGCGCUACGAACCUCCCCACGUAUUGACAACAUUGUGGAGAAGGAUCAAAAGGAUGAUGCUUUAUUUGGGCCGCACUGCACACGCCAAAAUAUCGAGGCCUCGUCCCUCCAAGGGCAGGCUCACGUCCUCGAUCGAGGGGCUACUGUUGUAGACACCACCUUCGAAUUUUAACUGAAGGGCUACAUCGACGAAGGCCCAAGCUCGGUCAAGCGAAGACGCAGUGCCGAAGGCUCCAUGAACGACGAGGGCUUCGGCAAAGACCAAGGAGACGCCUGCACGGAGGUGUGGCGGGAUCGCCAAAGGCUCAAAACCGUGAAGGCUGGCGAAGAUCGGAACCGAGGAGAAUUCAUAAGGGCAAACAUAAUCGCAUGGAAUGCUUAGCUAUAAAGAGAUUCCUCAAAGGAAAUUACAUUGUACCUCUAGAAUAUUUGAGGAAUAUAGUUGUUGAGGGGUAAAAAGGUGUAAUUGUCGAAUGGGUGUUUUAAUGGCCCCCUAUAAAUACCCCUGUAAUAGUAAUUGAUAGGACGGUUAAUUCAAAGCUAAUAGAGUAAUGAUUUCUACUA